AUGGCCAAUUCCAAAUAUGAAUACGUAAAGGCAUUUGAGAGGGAAAACUAUUUGCUUCCAGAGACGUAUAUUGUCAUUAGAGUCGACGGGAAAGGGUUUCAUAAACUUUCAAAAUACUACGAAUUUGACAAACCCAAUGAUUUGAAAGCUUUGCAAGUGAUGAACUCAGCAGCAUUACAGAUUAUGAAAAAAUACAGCGAUGUGUUGUUGGCAUAUGGGGACUCUGACGAAUAUAGCUUUUUAUUAAGAAGACAAUGUGAGCUAUAUGAGCGACGUGAAAUGAAAUUGUGUACUUUAUUUUCCAGUUUGAUGUCGACUUAUUAUGUCCAUUUUUGGAACCUUGCUCAUCCACAAAAGCCGAUUCAUUUAGAGAUGAUACCUACAUUUGAUGCGAGAGCCGUUAUUUACCCCAAUUUUCAAAUUGUACGCGAUUACUUUAGUUGGAGACAAGUUGAUUGUCAUAUCAACAACUUGUAUAAUACCUGUUUUUGGAAAUUGAUUGAGAAAAGAGGCUUGACACCGCAAGAAGCAGAGAAUCGAUUAAAGGGAACUAUUGCUAGUGAUAAAAAUGAAAUCCUCUUUAAAGAAUGCAAUGUCAAUUAUAACAAUGAGUUGGAGAUAUUCAAAAAGGGUACUAUCUUUGUACGUGAAAUUGAAAAUUACCAUCAUGACACCGCCCCCAAUGAGACAAGCUCUAGACAAAAACAGAAACAAGAGAAAACUAGGAGAAAAGCGCUGUAUAGCUUGUAUACAGCUCCACCGCCACCAAUGAGACAAGCUCUAGACAAAACCAGAAGAAAAGCUGCAGUUGAAGUAUCUCAUAGUGGGAAAGCUGGCCAUGGCUCAAACAGUAAAGCUGUAUAG